AUGAGUGAUGUAUAAAAGAGGAAUGUCUGCGGUAUAUCGCAGCGUUAGGUAACAGUGAUUUAUUAGCCGAUACGUUCAUAUUCUCCUAAUGUUCAACAUCACCCAGACAUAUUAAUAGUGUACGUUCUUCAACUGUUCCAGCUAGAAACAGACGUUCCAACAAGGCGGAAUCGAAGCUGGAAGUCUUGAAAUCUCCAUCUGGCUUGAGCCUUGCAUUUGCACGGGCACGGAAGGGCUCCCGCGCCGCUCCCGCAAGGUUGGGCGCUCAGUCCAGUCAGUGCUACGUUGCCUGUUGGUAGAACUCUGUGUCAUGAUUGUCGCUGACCAGUCAACUGAUCUGAUUAGGCAUGUAAGUCACAAGCUCUGAUGAACUCCAAGUACCUUUUAACUUCACGACCUUAAUCAAACAUGGCUGAAAUACCAACAACCACAUUCGUGUAUGCUGAUGAUGCCAAUACCAGUACAGGGACUCCAGCGACGCCCAACGGAACAGUCCUCGCCUUCCAGAACCUGAUUCCAGCCCUCGUGCAAUGCUUCACGAUCAUUUUAUUUGGAUACAUCGCGGGACGGACGCGGAUCGUUUGUCCCUCUCAGGCCAAGGGUCUCGGUCACUAUGUCUCGUACUUCGCUCUGCCUGCCAUGCUGUUCAAAUCAAUGGUGGAGCUUGAUUUCAGUGAGGUUAACUGGCUAUUUUUUUCCAGUGUGCUGAUUGCCAAAGCAAUUGUGUUCACUGCAGUCUACAUCGGAACCCUGGUGCUAGGUGGGAGUAAGCCCUUAGGCAAAGCGGGUCUGUACAGCAUGUUUGCUACCCAAAGUAAUGACUUUGCUCUGGGAUACCCUAUUGUGCAAGCCCUGUAUAGCACCAGUAAUCCCGAGAUGAUGCAAUACAUCUACAUCUUUGCACCCAUCAAUCUGUUGUUCCUGAACCCAUGGGGAUUCCUGUCAUUGGAAGUUCAGAAGAUGUCCCGAGCAAACGAACGUAGGAGUAAAGCAUUGGUGGUGUGGUCGGUCUUCAAAGGUCUCGUCACCAACCCUAUCUUCACAACGGUCUUCAUAGGGAUCAUCUUCAACUUUGCCCUCUCCCAGAGGUUACCGACGAUCCUGGACGACAUCCUGACCUCCCUGGCGAACUCCUUCGGGGCAACGGCUCUCUUCCUCUUGGGGGUCAGCAUGGUGGGAAAGGUCAAGCAACAGAGUGGGCUGGCUCUAGUCACGCCCGCACUGCUGAUCGCUUCCAAACUAUUGGUACUCCCCCUUUUAACCAAUCAACUGGUGUAUGCCCUCAACCCCGGUGGAAGCAACCAGACUCUGACAGACUCCUACGCAUCGUUUGGAUUCCUUUACGGCUCCCUUCCCACGGCACCUACUGUAUUUCUCUACGCAACUCACUAUCAACAGUCCAUAGAUAUGAUUGCCCCUACCAUGGUGUAUUGCACUUUUGUCUCCGCCCCUUUCAUGUUUAUUACCGCUACCAUGGUGAUGAUCCCCAUGGCAACGGAAGGACAAUACCACAACGCCCUUUCCGAAGGUGCCUUUGACGUGAGCUGUCUUGGUCUAGCAUCUGCAAUCUGGGUUUUCAUCAUAUUCCUCCUGAGAAGAAAAACAUCUCAUUUCCCUCAUCAAUUCACAGCCAAUCUCAUUGUAGCACAGGCGCUAGCAGCAUUUGGUGUGAUCCUCUGCCACACGGUGAUCUUCAACACCUACUGGGGUAAGCUGGUUCACUUCAUCAUCAUGCUGACCGGUGUGUUUGGCGCUCGCUGCUGGACGGCCAUGGUGGCGCUCUCCCUCUUCUUGCUUCGCUACCGUAGCACCUGCUUCGUCAUCAAGCACCGCUUCUGGUUCUAUUUCUAUGGAUGGGGGAUUCCUGUGAUGACUGUGGGUAUCCUUGUUACUGUGAUACCAUUAGAUGAUGCUGAGGUGGAUGUCUUAUAUGAGAUCGAAAAGCCACAGCUCGUUGCCAGCAUCAUCAUCCUCAUGCUCAACCUGGUGGUGUCUCUGGUAUCCCUGAUCGGAUUACAUCGAUGCGACCGGUUCCGUCGUCAGGGUUACCAGCCCAUCCUCGGCAAUGACUCCGAGGAGGAUGAGAACGAGAGCAGAACCACAGUCAGUCUCAGCAAGUCAAAGCAAAAUGUUGACAAAGAAGGCGCUACCUCAGAUGACUCUCCCACACCCCUGGGCAACGAUUCCCCAUCAUCGCCCUCCUCCUCCUCCUCCUCCUCAUCGUGUACCCUCGGCGACAUCGAGGAUCUCCCGAGCCUGAACGCCGCCAUCAGCCGUCAGAUGUGCGGCCGCAACUUUGGCUGUUCCCGCGUCCAGAGCAGCGAGUGCCGUCGCCUGCUGCUGAGGAGGAGCAUGAGGGACAUGAGCAGGCAGGAGGAGGAGGACGCGGUGAUGCUGAACGAGGCGGAGAGACACCAGCUGGGUCGCCACAUCCUUCUCCUCUACUUCCUCGUACUCUCCAUGCUUGUGGCUGUGUCACUGUGUUUCUGGAAGUUGAUUGGUUCUAGCCAAUCAGGGAUCUUCUUGGAAUUGUCUUUCCUUGACUGCAUCCUGAACUAUGGACAGGGGUUCAUGGUGCUGGCCAUCUUUGGCUUCGACACCGAGAAUGUCAUCAUGCCCGUCGUCAGAUUGAUGACGAGAUGCAGUAAGCCUUUCAAGAAAAGGGUAAGGAGAUGUAUCUAUGGGACUGAGAAGGUGCACCUCCCCCGCCGUGAUUCCCUCAGUCCAGAGGUUAUGCAGACGUGUGAACAGUUCAAGACCCAUCAUCUUGCUCGGUGCAGGGACGUCAUCGUCACUGAUCGAAAAUAUCACUUGCGAACCUACAAGAAAGUCUUCCGCGGCUUGGACCUUGUGGAUUGGCUACUGGAAGUGGGUCUUGCGGUGGGCCGCAGCGAGGCUACCAACUAUGCAACACGCCUUCUGAUUGGACGAAUCCUGGAACACACCCACCAAGAACAUCAUUUCCAUGACAACGGGCUCUUCUUUCGAUUUGUGGCGGAUGAAGAGGAAGGGGGAGGAGGAAGCGGAGAAGGGGAAGAGAAUGGCAAUGACAAUACUAGUGAUCUCAUGGAAGAUUCUUCUUCUCCGAGGGCUGUAAUGUCAUGAUAAGGGAUGCGUUCCAUAUGAGAUGCUAAUACCAAACACAGAUUUCAUGAUUGACAUGCAUAUCUAUAGAAGAUCUUGAAAGAAUGAGGGAGGAGAGGAUGUAUGAAGAGGAAGGUAGGAGGACAAUGGCAAUUGCAAUAACAAUGAUCUUAUGGAAAAUUCGCCAAGAACUGUAUUGUCAUGACAACAGAUGCUUUCCAUAUGAGAUGCUAAUACCAAAGACAGAUUUCAUGAUUGACAUACAUACAUAUCCAUAGAGGAACGUGAAAGAAUGAGGGAGGGGAGGAUGUAUGAAGAGGAGGGUGGGAGGAGGAGAAUGGCAAUUGCAAUAACAUUGAUAUUAAGGAAGAUUCAACAAGGAUUGUAUUGUCAUGACAACGGAUGCGUUCCACCUGAGAUACCAUCAUCACAGACUGUUGUUAUUGUUUGCAUAUUUAUUUCAGUAAGAUGAAGGAUGGAGAGAAGGAGAAGAGAACAGCAAGAACAAUGAGCUCUUGAAAGGUCCACAAGAAUCUGAUGUCAUGACAAGAUGUAAAGUGUUAACAUUUUUAUAGUUUACGUACUUCAUCCAUUAAAGUUUGAGGAUUUGAGAGGAGAUAACGGGAUGGAAAUAGAAUCCAAGAAUUUCAUUUGAAGAAUCAAAGCCGAGCAGCAUUUAACCUGAACAAAUACGCUUCCACCAUCGACUCUAAUGUUUCUGGAGCAUGCAUUCUGCUUUAGCUGCUCUUGAGCACAACCGAACGAGGGCUUCUCCCCACAACUGACUGCAGCAAAAUAAUGCACCCCUUUUAAUAUACAUGCAUGAGCCUUCCGUUCCACAGUUACAGUAGAAUCAAUAUCGCAAUUUUCUAGAAAUAUCAAUAUUUUACAUUUUGGUACUAUGGUGAUAUGGUGAUGGUGGUUAUUUUACCCGACUGCUAAGAAAGCAUAAAUGCUUGUAAGUAAGCAA